AGGAAAACUAUAUCGUCUGGAAGGGUUUGAUGCCAUGCAUUCAUUUGUUUUGUUUUGUUUCUUUUCUCAUUAUCUCCGUGCGCCCCUGAGUGAUGUGAUCUUAUGUUUGAUGAGUUUCUGUAUUAUAAUUUGCUAUCGUAUAAGGCAAGUCAACGAAGUUGCAGUCAGAUUAUGCUGACUUAUCUGGUUCUUAGGUAACAUCGUUCCUCCUCUGAUCAGCCUGUCCCCGAACACAGGAAGACAAUCUCCUGUAUCAGACCUGGCUGGAAGCGUAACCCUUACAGCACCGAAAAGGGAGCUAUUUGUGGUACCGCCGGGGUUCCACCCAAACGCAGCCUUUUUCGGAAUGCAGAAAGAGCUUGAAAUACUCCAUUCGAGGCUGUACAAGGCAAAGAACAGAGCAGAGCGUCUCAUGGCUGUUCUUAUCUGCGGAGUGCCUGGUUCAGGGAAGUCACACCUCGCACGCCAGUAUGUCUGGAGCCAGCGUGAAAAGUACCCCGGUGGCAUCUUCUGGGUCGAUGCGAAAUCGCGCGAAUCAACCGCCAAAUGUUUCUGGGAUAUUGCACAGGCAGCUAUGUUGACUGAAGCUCAGGACGUGCAACAGCCCCAGAAGCAUGUCGAGGCAGUUCGAAACUGGCUACAAGUGCGGGAAGAAUGGCUCCUAGUGUUUGAUGGGAUCUCAUUCGAUCACCACGACGACCUCGAUCAUUUCAGACAAUUCCUUCCCUUUAACAGAAACUGCAGUAUUAUUUACACAUCGGUGGACAAGACGUUGCGGAAGAAGCAACGCUUAUAUGAGCCCUACUGCUUGCAGAUUAAACCUCUCCAGGUUGAAGAUGCAUGCAAACUUCUCUUCAAAGACCUCGGUAUCAGAAAGCCAACCCCGAGCCAAAUCCGUAAAGCUACGGAACUGGUAAACCACUACGAAUGCCUCCCUCUGGCCAUUCAUGCAAUCAGUCACCGUCUCAGUGCGACAUCCAAAUCUAUUGACAAAUAUCACGUCAACUCCCAUUUGACGGACGAGAAACUCGCAGAGCCAUUUCUCAGCAUUAUGCAUGAUCUGUAUCGAAUGGGGCAUUUCGAAGCGUUGAAUCUGAUUAACAUCCUGUCAUUCUUCGGCCAUCAUGUCCCCGUUGGCUUGAUUAACCUGGGAAAAGCUGCACUGGAGACGUGGCACGUUGAAAUCCUAACCGGUAGUCGGCCUGGUGAGCCAGGGGAUAUUGACACUACCUUGGGGAUUCUUAUCCGAUAUGGACUCAUAGAAAGAACCACAGAUGCAUAUGCGCUCCAGGCAAAAGCGCUAUCGCCGAGAUCCGAAAAGGAUGAGAUCUUAGACAUAACGGCAGUUGCCCCCGAUCUAUCGGAAUCGCAAACAGAAAGCAGCCAAGAUGCGUUCUUCUCUGUUUAUCAGAGUUCCGGCUCUAUUGACCUGAUCAAAAUCCAUAGCGUUGUACAGGGCUUCUGUCGAGAUGAGCUUAAGAUCAUGGACGAGGAACGAAAGAAGUCCCUUUCUGCCAAUGCAACUAACUCGGAUGCUGGCUUUUAUGAUUCCUGGCUGGUGGUUGCCACCCGCGUCUUCUGCAUGUCCUAUGAGCACGCAAAGAAGCGGAUGGACCGUGUUGAUGACUAUGGCUUAGUAAAAGACUAUCGGGAAUAUGAGAUGCAUGCGUCAAGACUGCUCGGGAACUUUCCCAAGAAAUCCUCUAAGGAGCCAAAGACCCUUCGUGAAGCUCGGGAUGACCUCGGGCAAAUCAUGAGGAGUAUCAGUAACGAGAUCGAGAGGAUUUCGCCAAGUUCUUCACAAGAAAUCGCUCGCAAACAGCGAUCUGUCUUUGAUCGGUCGAGCAGUUCUUCUUCGUCCGUUCCCGAGUCUGCGACAGAUGAAGGGCCAUCGCGCAACUUAACAUGGGAAUUCAGUGAUAUGGUGGAGCCAAAAGUUGAAUCACCGGAAGAGAUGCCAGUGUCCCCGCCCCAUUUCAACUUGAAGCCGUUUCUCCCUCACAUCUUCCGAUGGUCCAAGGGAGAUGAUGAGAAAGGGUACGAGACCGACGGUGAGGGGCUAAAAGCUGUUCAUCGCACAUCCCCAGCACUGUCACAGUUGAGUCAGGCAACGGAGAGACCAAAGUCUUCACGAUCUUCCAGCGCUGCACAUACUACAGAUGAUCAAGAAUGGCAGGUAGUAGAGAAGUCUCCCAGGCUCAAAGCAAGCAGAGAGAGGCGUUUGAGACAGAGGCCCAAGUUCCCACGCACCGCCUGGGGUAUCAAGCCAGCGGCUCCUAUUCUGAGGGUAUUCCCGGUCGAAGGAAGAAGCGCAUCGAGUAGUAUCCUGGAGAGAGGAAGUCGAAGCAGCUCCAUCAUUUCUGCAUCCGAGGCACUCACUGCCGUUCAUAACGCAAGUCCACCGUCAGCCCACGAAAAGUUCGGGAAAGCAGUGAAUGACCGGCUUCUGUUCCAAAAGGAAAACGUACCGACAUAUGCUACAGUGGCUGCUAGGCGCACCCAGGACGGUGCUACCUCAUCGAAACAGCGGUCCUCAUCGACACCUGGUGGACAAACACGUCCCAAACUCCUAAGACUGAAAAGCAAAUCCUCCGGUGGCUCCCUUCAUAGCCGAUUGGGCAACACGCCGGUGCUAUCAUUGCCUCCUGAUCUAAAACUAGAUCCGAUGAGUCGAUCAACAUACAGUGAGCCAGACCAAGGAUACCUCACCCAUCAAUUAAACGCCUUGGACUUGAGGACACCGUAUGAUUAUCAGUACCGUUCGAGACACCUGUCUACGGUAAGAGCAAUGGCUCCAGUGGACAUGUCCGCAAGCACCCCUUCUGUUCUGACCUACCUGCCUCCUCUUCCGUACGACAAUAAUAUUGAGGUCACAUAUUCCCGUCGAGUGAGCGCGACGACUCAAGAUGUGCGUGCCAGCCAGCCGCUUGCCAGCUUUAAUCCAAUCACGCAUCCAUCUGCCAUCAUGCCCGGCGCAUCUCCACCAUCUUCUGUGGGUGCGGAGGCACCUACUGGAUAUGCAUCAGAUCCGGCCCCUGAACCGAUGUCUCGAGGCGGAUCAGCACAGUCCCAUCAGUCUUGGGCCACCGAGCCAGUUCGUUAUCCGCCCCGGCUCUCUCCGAUGCCCUCGAAUGCGCAAACUGCAAUACCACCUGGUAUGUCCCAUAUCCUACCUCCACAACAAACCCUUUCCAAUGCUGGAAGCUGGAUACGAGACACUCAUCCACGAGGAAUUCCGAGUGCGCUUCAAGCGGAUAUUAUUACCUGUGCUCCCCCGGCUCAACCAAGUUUGAGACCGAUCCUCCCGUUGGAUGAACGUCUUGACGCAGCUACAGCUUGGGAUCCUGAGCCACCGCCAACCUUGCAGUUUGGCGCCCAUCGAGUAGACGUGCGUGAUGCUCGCCAAAGGCUCGGGGGAUAUGGCGUAUACGGGGCUCAGACGGUGCAGCCCGCUGUCCCUUACAGCCUCUAUCAUGCGAACCGGUCCGGCCCCUUGCUUCAGCAUGAGCUCGGGCUCCAGCCACAAGAGCUGCAUGGUAUGCGUGCUCGAAGUGGCAGCUCUCCUCCUCGGCCUGGCUCUGACGGGUUAGGGGUCAAUUUGUGACCGCAGAAUGAAGGACACAUCUCCGAUGCUCAGGGAGCAUUCUCCCAGACGAAUCAAACAACAAAUCAGAAAAAGCUAAGCACGAAAAUACCAAAAGAAAAGACGUAUAUACUCGAGGGAUAAUCGAGGGGCUAUGGGCAGGAGUCUCGAGUUUUGGAAUCAUCAUUGUCUAGAAGAAUAGCAUUGACUAGAUGAGACGGCGUUAUGGAUAACGAGUGAUGAUCAUGGUUGCAUCUGCAUUAAUUGUGGCUUUCGGUUUUGUUUAGAAGGCUGGAUUGUCCUGGCAUCGCAUAUACAGC